ACAGUACGCCGGCUGGCGAACAAAGCCCCUGGCACUGCCAAUAAAGACAAACCAUGCCUCCGUGCUUAGCCUCUCCUCUUUUCACGCCGCUGUGAAGGGAAGGCAUGACACCAUUCUCGUCGCUUUUCCUUCUCAGAAAGAUGCCAGUUUUUAGAGGAAGAGGUGUCGUCUUGAUAUAGUGGAAUUUUUUUGUCUCUUCUGCUGCUGAUGAGUUGAGAUGCUGGCAGAGCGCAGAGAGAACAGCAGGGCUGCCUUUGCCCUGACAAAGCCGCUCAAGAUGAACAUGGUGAAGAGGAUCAUGGGGCGGCCGAGGCAGGAGGAGUGCAGCCCCCAGGACAAUGCUCUGGGCCUGAUGCACCUGCGACGCCUCUUCUCCGAACUGUGCCACCCUCCUCGCCACAUGACCCAGAAGGAGCAGGAGGAGAAGCUCUACAUGAUGCUUCCCGUAUUUAACAGGGUGUUUGGCAACGCUCCACCCAGCAGCAUGAUGGAGAAGUUCUCCGACCUGCUGCAGUUCACCACCCAGGUCUCACGGCUCAUGGUGACCGAGAUCAGACGAAGAGCCUCUAAUAAAUCCACAGAGGCAGCCAGUCGCGCCAUAGUCCAGUUCCUGGAGGUGAACCAGAGUGAGGAGGCGAGUCGUGGCUGGAUGCUUCUGACCACCAUUAACCUGCUGGCCUCCUCCGGACAGAAAACAGUGGACUGCAUGACGACCAUGUCGGUACCCUCCACGCUGGUAAAAUGCCUGUACCUGUUCUUCGACCUGCCUCACAUGGCCGAGGCCCCAUUAGGCCCCACCCCGCAGGCCCCACCCCCACCGCCACCACCACCCAGCCAGGAGAAGACCCCAGGCCAGGGCCACACCCAGCAGGAGCUGCCCCUGGCUGACCGCAGAGUGCUGCUCCAGAAAGUCUUCGUCCAGAUCCUUGUGAAGCUCUGCACCUUUGUGUCUCCGGCUGAAGAGCUGGCCCAGAAGGACGACCUCCAGCUGCUGUUCAGUGCCAUCACCUCCUGGUGUCCCCCCCACAACCUGCCCUGGAGGAGGAGCGCGGGAGAGGUGCUGACCACCAUCUCCCGACACGGCCUGAGCGUCAACGUGGUCAAAUACAUACACGAGAAGGAAUGCCUGGGUACAUGUGUUCAGAACAUGCAGCAGUCGGAUGAUCUGUCACCGUUGGAGAUUGUGGAGAUGUUCGCCGGCCUCUCCUGCUUCCUCAAGGACUCCAGCGACGUGUCACAGACCCUGCUGGACGAUUUCCGAAUGUGCCAGGGUUAUGCCUUCCUCUGCGACCUCAUGCUCAGACUGGAACAGGCCAAGGAGGACGAAUCGAAAGAUGCACUAAAGGACCUUGUUAACCUGGUCACCUGUCUGACAACUUAUGGGGUGACGGAGCUGAAACCCGCCGGCCUGACAACCGGAGCUCCAUUCCUGCUGCCUGGCUUUGUUCUCCCGCAGCCUUCUGGGAAAGGCCACACAGUGCGUAAUAUCCAGGCUUUUUCAGUGCUUCAGAACGCCUUCCUGAAGGCUAAAACAAACCGUCUGGCAUCCAUGCUACUGGACGCCAUCGGAAACAUCUACUCAUCCGAGCCGGCCAACUACUUCAUCCUGGAGUCGCAGCACACCCUGUCGCAGUUUGCAGAACGUGUGGCCAAGCUCCCCGAGGCCCAGACCAAGUAUUUUGAGCUCCUUGAGUUUGUCGUCUUCAGCCUCAACUACGUGCCGUGCAAAGAGCUAUUCAGUGUCAGCGUGCUGCUCAAGUCGAGCACGUCUCACGCCUGCACAAUCACGGCGGUCCGGACGCUGCUGAAGCUGUCCAGGCACGACCCGGUGUUCAGCGACGUUCUGCGGGAGGUCGGCCUGCUCGAGGUGCUGGUCAACCUGCUGCACAAGUACGCCGCCUUGCUCAAAGACCCGGCCACGCAGCAGCAACCACACAACAAUGACCAAGCUGACUGUAAAAACAACCCAGUAGCAGAGGAGCAGAAGCAGUCGGCCUGGCUGGUGAUGGAGACACUGACUGUGCUCCUGCAGGGCUCUAACACCACCAACACUAAUGCAGCUCUGUUCAGGGAGUUUGGCGGCGCUCGUUGCGUUCACAACAUCGUGAAGUACCGCCAGUGUCGGGAACACGCCCUACUCAUCAUCCAGCAGCUCGUCCUGUCGCCCAGCGGAGAUGACGAUAUGGGAACACUGCUGGGCCUCAUGCACUCGGCACCGCCCAGUGAACUACAGCUGAAGACUGACAUAUUGCGGGCUUUGUUAGCGGUUUUGCGUGAGAGCCACCGCACCCGGACGGUGUUCCGCAAGGUGGGCGGCUUUGUCUACGUCACCUCUCUGCUGGUGGCCAUGGAGCGCUCACUGUGCCAGCCGCCGCGACACGGCUGGGAGCGCGUCAACCAGAACCAAGUCUUUGAGCUGCUGCACACCGUCAUCUGCACUCUCACCGCCGCCAUGCGCUACGAGCCCGCCAACUCACACUUCUUCCGCACGGAGAUCCAGUAUGAGAAGCUGGCUGAUGCUAUAAGGCUGCUGGGCUGUUUCUCAGACACUAAGAAGCUGGGUCCCACAAGUGUUUUCCCCUCCAAUGCUCAGCCUUUCCAGAGGCUGCUGGAGGACGAGGCUGCCCCUGGAGGCUGCGCAGGAGACAGCGUCUGUCCCACACUCAAACACUGCAGCAAACUCUUCAUCUACCUGUACAAGAUGGCCACCGACUCGUUUGACAGUCGUGCGGAGCAGGUGCCUCCCUGCCUGACUCACGAGACCUCGUUGCCCUCACCGUGGGGCACGCCAGCACUCGCCAGGAAGAGACAAGGCUACUACGGUACGUCGGGUCCUCCCGCCCCAGUCAAAGCCCUGACAGACCUGAAGCUCCACUUAGCCAACACCUCCCACCCCGCUUCCUCCUCGUCCUCGUCUGACAUGGUGGUCAUCCACCCGGGGGCCGUCCUGGCCAUCCUUGACCUGCUGCCCUCCGUCUGCUCCGACAGUCAGCCAGAGCAUGCCCUGGACCUGCAGCUGGCAGUGGCCAACAUCCUCCAGCUCCUGGUGAACAGUGAGAGGAACCAGCAGGUGCUGUGUGAAGCUUGCCUCCACCAGCGGCUGUUGCAGCGCUGCAGUCAGGCCCUGGCCGAUGAGGACCACCCGCUGCACCCUCCACUGCAGAGGAUGUUUGAGAGGUUGGCUUCGCAGGCCCUGCAGCCGAUGGCACUCAGGGAGUUCCUGCGUCUUGGAAACCCUCUGAACUGCGGCGCCUGGGACAAGAAGCUACUGAAGCAGUACCGGGUUCACAAACCCAGCUCUCUCAGCUACGACGCCGAGAUGAGAAACAGUAUGACCAUGUCCAUGGAGGGCUUCGGUCCUGACAGCGUCUUCGCCACGCCAGCGGAAGACAACGGCCAGUAUCGCAUCAGCCGUAGCCUCGUGCGCUCCGCUGAGGGCAGCACCGUACCCCUCACCCGAGUCAAGUGCCUGGUGUCCAUGACAACGCCCCAUGACAUACGCCUGCACGGAUCGGCCGUCACGCCUUCAUUUGUUGAGUUCGACACCUCGCUGGAGGGCUUCGGGUGCCUGUUUCUGCCCAGCCUGGCUCCACACAACGCUCCCACCAACAACACCAACGCCUCAUGUGUCAGCGACGGCGCAGUGCUGAGCGGGAUGGGUACAGGGGAGCGCUUGUUCCCUCCUCCGUCAGGCCUGAGCUACUCAACCUGGUUCUGCGUCGAGCGUUUCAGCGCAGCUCCACAGGCCCACCCGGUGCGACUGCUGACCGUCGUCCGUCGGGCCACGUCCUCAGAGCAACACUAUGUCUGCCUGGCGGUGGUGCUGUCCGCCAAAGAUCGCUCGCUCACCGUCUCCACCAAGGAGGAGCUGCUGCAGACCUACUCAGCGGAUGAGUCGAGUGAAGAAGCCUCCUUCUAUGAGAUCCUGCCCUGCUGUGCUCGUUUCCGCUGCGGCGAGCUGAUCGCCGAGGGCCAGUGGCACCACCUGGUGCUGGUCAUGAGCAAAGGCAUGCUGAAGAACAGCAUGGCCACGCUGUACAUCGACGGCCAGCUCAUAAGCACUGUCAAGCUUCACUACGUCCACAGUGCACCAGGCGGCUCCGGCUCCACCAACCCUCCUGUGCUGAGCACUGUGUACGGGUAUGUGGGGACGCCGCCUGCACAGCGCCAGCUCUCCAGCCUGGUGUGGCGCCUGGGGCCCAGCCACUUCCUGGAGGAGGUUCUGCCUGCCACCAGCGUCGCCGCCAUCUACGAACUGGGACCCAACUACGUGGGCAGCUUCCAGGCCGUCUACCUGCCCUGUAAAGACUCGAAGACAGAGGGAGCACCUGCCUCCCCAGUGGCGUUGGUACCAGAGGAGAAGGUGUCCUUCAGUCUCUAUGCGCUCUCUGUCACUACUCUCUCUGUGGCCAAGAUCAGGAAAGUCUACAACAAACUGGACAGCAAAGCUAUCGCCAAACAGCUCACUGUGUCCUCUCAUGAAAACGCCACUCCGGUCAAGCUGAUUCACAAUGCCGCCGGCCACCUCAACGGGCCAGCGCGUGCCAUUGGAGCCGCUGUCAUUGGAUAUUUAGGCGUCCGUGUUUUUGUGGCCAAACCCGUGGCCACCAACCUGCAGUAUGUGGGUGGGGCGGCGGCCAUCUUGGGCCUGGUUGCCAUGGCGUCAGAUGUGGAGGGGCUGUAUGCUGCUGUCAAAGCUUUGGUGUGCGUUGUAAAAAGCAACCCUUUGGCCAGUAAGGAGAUGGAGCGCAUCAAAGGUUACCAGCUGCUGGCUAUGCUGCUGAAGAAGAAGCGCUCGCUGCUCAACAGCCACAUCCUCCACCUCACCUUCUCUCUGGUGGGAACAGUUGACAGUGGACACGAGACCUCCAUCAUUCCCAACUCCACCGCCUUCCAGGACUUGCUCUGUGACUUUGAGGUAUGGCUCCACGCUCCCUACGAGCUCCAUCUGUCUCUGUUUGAGCAUUUCAUCGAACUGCUGACAGAAUCCAGUGAGGCGGCUAAAAAUGCCAAACUGCUGAGGGAGUUCCAGCUGAUCCCCAGACUGCUGCUGACCCUGAGAGAUACCUCGCUGUCCCAGCCGACCGUAGCUGCCAUCAGCAACGUGCUCAGUCUGCUGCUGCAGGGCUUCCCCAACCCAUAUGAUCUGCUGAGGUUUGGCCAGUUCAUCUCCUCGACUCUUCCCACAUUCGCUGUGUGUGAGAAGUUUGUCGUCAUGGAAAUCAAUAAUGAGGAGAAGAUCGAUGGAGUUAAUGACGAUGAUUUUGGCGGUCUCCUGUCAGCCAACCUCAUUCUGCUGAGAAACCGACUGCUGGACAACCUGCUCCGACUGCUCUUCACCACCAAAGAGAAGUGCACAGUCAAUGCCCAGGCGUGUGAGGAGCUAGUGCGGACGCUGGGCUUUGAUUGGCUCUUGAUGUUCAUGGAGGAACACCUUCACUCGAGCACGGUCACGGCAGCUCUGUGGAUCCUGGUGGUGCUGCUCUCCAACCAAUCUAUCCUUAACCGCUUCAAAGAGGGCCUUUGUGGAGGAGGCUGGCUGGACCACACCGACUCUGUCCUGACCAAUAAGAUCGGCACAGUGCUGGGCUUCAACGUGGGCCGCAGUGCUGGUGGGCGCUCAACAGUGCGAGAGAUCAACCGGGACGCUUGCCACUUCCCAGGAUUGCCUGUGCUGCAGACCCUGCUACCCAAACACACCAACGUGCCGGAGCUCUACUUCCUGCUCAUGGCGCUGUUCCUGCAGCAGCCCGUCACCGAGCUGCCAGACAGCCUGCAGGUACAUUUUGACCUGGACUCCCUCUGGACGUUCAUCUUUGGCAUACCGGCGUCCAGUGGGACAGUAGUGGCCUCCAUCCACAAUGUGUACACGGAGGCGGCCUUCCUGCUGCUGGCCAUGCUUCGCAGCAUGCUCAACCUGCCGUGGCAGUCAGAGGAGGAAGGCUCCUGGCUGAGGGAGUACCCGGUCACCCUCAUGCAGUUCUUUAGGUAUCUUUACCACAACGUGCCUGACCUGGCACCGAUGUGGCACAGUGCUGAGUUCCUCUGUGCCCUGGCAGCAUCUGUCUUCCCUUUCAACAUCAGGCCCUACUCUGAGAUGGUCAGUGAUCUGGACGACGAGGCGGGGUCUCCCACCGAGGAGUUCAAGGGCUUCGCUGGGGACUCGGGUAUGAACCGCAGCCAGUCUGAAUACUGUAACGUGGGCUCCAAGACGUCCCUGACCAACCACCCAGCCAAAAAGUACGUCUUUGACUUCAUGAGGGUCCUGAUCAUGGACAACCUCUGUAUGACCCCGGCCAGCAAGCAGACACCCAUCAUUGACCUGCUGCUGGAGGCCUCCCCGGACCGCUCCACUAGAACUCAGCAGAAGGAGUUUCAGUCCAACAUCCUGGACGGCGUCAUGGAGCAUCUUCUGGCCGCUGAUGUCCUUCUAGGUGAAGAUGCCUCUCUGCCCCUCAGCAGUGGAGGCAGUUAUCAGAUUCUGGUCAACAACGUCUUCUACUUCAGCCAGCGGGUGGUGGACAAGCUGUGGCAGGGCAUGUUCAACAAGGACUCCAAGCUGGUGGUGGACUUCAUUGUGCAGCUCAUAGGACAGUCUAAGAGGCGUUCCCAGGGCCUUUCCCUCGACACCAUCUACCACUGUCUGAACCGGACAGUGCUCUACCAGCUCUGUCGACCCCACAAGACGGUUGCCCAGCAGGUGGCCCUGCUGGACGCCCUGCGGGUCCUGACCGUCAACCGUAACCUGGUGCUCGGGCCGGGCAACCACGACCAGGACUUUGUGGCCUGUCUGGCUCACUGCUUUAUCUGCCUGCACAGUGGGAGCAGCGUGGAGGGCUUCGGUCUGGAGGCGGAGGCCAGGAUGACAACCUGGCAUGUCAUGAUGCCCACGGAGAACGAGGCUGACGCUACGCACAGCCAUGACGUCAGCGAGGGGCGGCAGCUGCUGCUGAAGGCGGUGAACCGGGUGUGGACGGAGCUGAUGCACAGCAAGCGCCAGAUGCUUGAGGACAUAUUCAAAGUGUCUCUGCCCUGCAACGACAGAGGCCACGUGGACAUCGCCACGGCCCGGCCCGCCCUGGAGGAGCCAGCCCUGAAGAGCUGGCAGAACCACCUGGUCCACGAGAAGAAGUGUAUCAGUCGUGGUGAGGCGGUGGCGCCGGCAACCCAGUCCAAACUUUCCAGAGUCAGCAGCGGCUUCGGCCUCUCCAAGCUGACCGGCGUCCGCCGCAACAAGAGGGACAACAGCCUGAACAAGAACAGCCUUUCUGCACAGGAGACUUUCCAGUGGAUGUUCACACACAUCGCUGUUGUUCGAGACUUGGUGGCCAUGCAGUAUAAAGAAUAUCAAGAGCGGCAGCAGAACGCCCUCAAGUACGUGACAGAGGAGUGGGCGUCCAUCGAAUACGAGCUGCUGCGUGAACGGGGGCUCUGGGGCCCGCCCAUCGGUUCCCACCUGGAUAAGUUUGUGCUGGAGAUGACGGAGGGGCCCUGCCGGAUGAGGAAGAAGAUGGUCCGCAAUGACUUGUUCUACAUCCACUACCCAUACAUCCCUGAGAUGGAGCCAAACACCAACUCAGCACAGCCCUCUUCCCCCCUUUUGGUGCCCCUGGUACCCUCAGCCCUGGCUAGGGUCCUUGACCGUGCCCAGAAGCCUCUCCGUUACCGGCGAGCCAUCAGCUACGACAGUAAGGAGUACUUUGUGCGUUUGCUGUCUGGAAACCCUGGCAUGUACCAGCACUCCGUGGAGCACAGCACAGAGGGAGAGACCACACAGCAUGAGCCCGAGCACGGAGAGGACACCAUCGCAAGAGUCAAAGGCCUGGUGAAGGCUCCUCUGAAGAGGUCUCGGUCCACAGCGGACGGGGCAGACGAGGACAGUCAGGAGCAGCUUCAGGAGCAGCUGUUAGAGUCAGGAGGCCCGGAGGAGGAGCAGAGGACCGACAACACGUCCCUGCUGCGCCUCCUGGAGGAGGGAGAGAAGAUUCAGCACAUGUACCGCUGUGCCAGGGUUCAGGGUCUGGACACCAGCGAGGGUCUGCUGCUGUUUGGGAAAGAGCACUUCUACGUCAUCGACGGCUACACUAUGACCGUGUCCAGGGAGAUCAGGGACAUCGACACGCUGCCUGCCAAUUUGCAUGAGGCCAUCAUCCCCAGAGGAGCGAGACAGGGACAGAGUCUACUGAAGAGAACCUGCAGCAUCUUCGCCUAUGAGGACAUCAAGGAAGUGCACAAGAGACGCUACCUGCUGCAGCCUAUGGCAGUAGAAGUCUUCUCAGCAGAUGGGAGAAACUACUUGUUAGCCUUCCAGAAAGGAGUCCGCAACAAAGUUUACCAAAGGUUCUUGGCAGUGGUGCCUUCACUGGCCGACAGCUCAGAGUCGGUUUCAGGCCAGAGGCCCAACACCAGCGUCGAACAAGGAUCUGGGCUCCUCAGCACGCUGGUCGGUGAAAAGUCAGUGACUCAGAGAUGGGAGCGAGGAGAGAUCAGUAAUUUCCAGUACCUGAUGCAUCUGAACACGUUGGCAGGACGAUCCUACAACGACCUGAUGCAGUAUCCCGUCUUCCCCUGGAUCCUGGCCGACUUCGACUCGGAGGAACUGGACCUGAACAACCCCAAGACGUUCCGUAACCUCGCCAAGCCGAUGGGCGCCCAGACUGACGACAGACUGACGCAGUACAAGAAGAGGUACAAGGACUGGGAAGACCCCAAUGGUGAAACCCCAGCAUACCACUACGGCACGCACUACUCAUCAGCCAUGAUAGUAGCUUCUUAUCUUGUUCGGAUGGAGCCCUUCACACAGAUCUUCCUCAGACUUCAGGGAGGUCAUUUUGAUCUGGCUGACAGGAUGUUCCACAGCGUGCGUGAAGCCUGGCUCUCGGCCUCCAAACACAACAUGGCCGACGUCAAAGAGCUCAUCCCCGAGUUCUUCUAUCUGCCUGAGUUCUUGCUCAACGCUAACAACUUCGACCUGGGCGCCAAGCAGAACGGCACCAAGCUGGGUGACGUCAUCCUGCCGCCUUGGGCCAAGGGCGACCCCCGAGAGUUCAUCAGAGUCCACAGAGAUGCGUUGGAGUGCGACUAUGUAUCGGCCCACCUCCACGAAUGGAUCGACCUGAUUUUCGGCUACAAGCAGCAGGGUCCGCCGGCUGUGGAGGCGGUCAACGUCUUCCACCACCUGUUCUACGAGGGUCAGGUGGACAUCUACAACAUCAACGACCCGCUCAAAGAGACGGCCACCAUCGGCUUCAUCAACAACUUUGGGCAAAUCCCCAAACAGCUGUUUAAAAAGCCCCAUCCUCCUAAACGGGUGCGCAGCAAAGCCAACGGUGACAUCGCGAGCAUUCCUCCAAAUUUCAACAGCGACAAGAUCUUCUUCCAUCAUCUGGACAAUCUCAGACCUUCUCUAGCACCUGUCAAAGAGCUGAAGGAGCCUGUGGGACAGAUCGUGUGCACCGACAAGGGUAUACUUGCCGUGGAGCAAAACAAAGUUCUGGUUCCCCCGACCUGGAGCAAGACCUUCGCCUGGGGCUACGCCGACCUCAGCUGUCGUCUGGCUAACUAUGAAUCUGACAAGGCAUUGGUGGUGUACGAGUGUCUGUCAGAGUGGGGUCAGGUCCUCUGUGCCAUAUGUCCAAACCUGAAGCUGGUUAUCACCGGUGGCACCAGCACCGCCAUCUGUGUGUGGGAGACAGGAACCUCCAAGGAGAGGGCCAAGUCACUUACACUCAAACAGGCAUUACUGGGCCACACGGACGCCGUAACAUGUCUGACAGCGUCGUCAGCGUACCACAUUAUUGUCAGUGGCUCGCGGGAUCGAACCUGCAUCAUCUGGGACCUUAACAAGCUUUCCUUCGUCACGCAGCUCAGGGGACACCGGGCGCCCGUCUCCGCUCUGUGUAUCAAUGAACUGACGGGGGACAUUGUGUCCUGCGCAGGCACAUACAUUCACGUGUGGAGCAUUAACGGCAGCCCCAUCGCCAGCGCCAACACCUUCACAGGGCGCAGCCAGCAGAUCCUGUGCUGCUGCGUCUCGGAGAUGAACGAGUGGGACACGCAGAACGUCAUCGUUACAGGACACUCGGAUGGCGUUGUCAGGUUUUGGAGAAUGGAGUUCCUCCAAGUCCCAGAAACCCCUGCUCCAGAGCCGGUAGAGCCAGAUGUGCCUGACUGCUGUGGUGAGGAGAAAAUCGAGGGUGGCGAGACUCACAACGGCGAUGAGGACAGCAGCGAGUCGGACGGAGACGAGCCCAGUCUGAGCCAGGAGCCCAAAGCACCACGCAACCCCUCAACAGGUGGAGGCAGCCAACCGGGCAGCGCCGUCCACAAACCCAGAGGUCCUUCAGCCCGAACGGGAGCUUCGUGGUCGAUGGACAGCAGCUCUGACGACUCUCACCGCUGGUCAGACACCCUUAGCAUCGACGAGAAGGACGGCUUUGUGUUCGUCAACUACUCUGAGGGCCAAACUAGGGUCCCUCACCCUCACCCUCAUCCUCACCCUCACCCGACUCAUCCAGGCCAGGGCUCAGUGCCACAGCCCUCCACCAUGGACGCACGGACGUAUAACCAGCUCAGGGCCGGCUACAGAUGGGAGCGCCAGCUGGUCUUCCGGAGCAAACUCACCAUGCACACGGCGUUUGAUCGCAAGGACAACGCUCAACCAGCAGAGAUCACAUCCCUCGCCAUCUCCAAGGACCACAGUAAGAUCCUGGUGGGCGACGGUCGUGGCCGAGUCUUCAGCUGGUCGGUGAGCGACCAGCCGGGCCGUUCGGCGGCCGACCACUGGGUGAAGGACGAGGUGGUUGACAGCUGCUCCGGCUGCACGGUGCGCUUCUCCCUCACCGAGCGACGCCACCACUGCAGGAACUGCGGGCAGCUCUUCUGCCAAAAGUGCAGUCGCUUCCAAUCAGAGAUCAAAAGGCUGAAGAUCUCGUCACCGGUGCGAGUUUGUCAGAACUGUUACUACAACCUUCAACAUGAGCGAAGCGCCGAGGACGGCUGCAGAAACUGAGCUCCGCCUCCACCCGGAAGAAACCCCCUCCUGCUGCGGACUCAGAAAGUGAUGAGCAUUUCAUUCCUCCAACUGCCUCGUCGUUCCCUCAACACCUCUCACAUAUCCCGAAACGCUCUCCCUCCAAACCCCCUUCUAUCCUAUAUCUCGUACGUCCAGUAACCACAUGUACUGCAACACACCGACAGCUUGUAAGAGGAGGGAAAGUCGGCUGUCUCAGCGAACGAGGUGGGGGAAAAAAACGAUGAAGACAGAUUGAAAGGAAAUGGGAAGAAAAAAAAACUCAAUCACCACUUUUACCACCUGCACUCACCUGAAGGAAGAAAAAAAAGAAGAAAAAAAAAACAAACCUUGAUUCGGCACGCUCGAAUCAAUCACUCGCCAUUUUUGCUUUGAAACAGGGAAAACUCCUUCCUCUUUCACCGUAAGACAUAACAAACUUGUUAAUAUUGUAAAUACUUAUCAUGGCCUUUUUAACUGUAAGAGGAACAAACAGAACAAAAGAUAAGGUCAAUGAGAAAAAACAAACAUAUUGCCUGUAACAUAGCGUUGUGACUAACCACUCCUGGCUUUAAAAACAAAAAAAGGAAAUUGAUUGUGUGUAGUCUGCGUCACGAGUCACGGCGAGUCCAGAGGAAGGGAUAUGAAUGUCAAUAAUUAAUGUCUGUGGGUUGACUUUACUAGUGAGUCUAGUUAUGCAAAAUUACUUCUUUUUAAUUUCCUGAUCAUUUUUUGUAGUUGUUGUUUACAAAGUUGAUUUUCUAAGUGUUGCCCACAGUGUCAAGCCAUCACCAUCAUAAAGAUUUUGUAUCCUUUUUUUUUUUUUUUUUUUGCCAAAUUGUUUUGAUGUAUCAAUUAUGAUGAUUUUCUUUUUUCUUCUUCAUAAUCGGUCCUUUAUAUGAAUUCCCAUUUGGAGAGUUGUUGUUGUUGUUGUUGUUGCUGCUGCUGCUGCUGUCAAAAGACUGGACCCAUUAUCAUUUCAGAUUUUACUUUGAUUUUAUUUUUAAACCAUAUCACUCAGUUUAUUUCAAGAUGCUUUGUCUAGGGAGAGAAAACAUCAUGGGUUCAUCAGCUGUGAAAAAAGACAAAUUAGUUACGUAAUAUUGCUACACAUUAACUUUCCCUCAUGUCUCUUUCAUGUAGCCUUAUUUAGUUACUGUACAGCGUGAAAGCGGCUUUUUGAAUGCACACAGAAAAGGGAUUUGUAGUGUAUAUUGUGGUUUUUAUUUUCUUGUUGGUUUCUAUUCAGAUUUGUGGUUUGCAGACCUUCACUCCGACCCUGUGGCAUUAUUACAGCAGAUUAGGAAAUGUGGCACUCAACACACUUUAUCCUCAGUCCUUUCAAAAGAUGUUAAACUGCAGGAGCAGCAGCCGAGCACCUUGUAAAGAGUCUGUGCAGUAAAGAAUGAAAUGAUUAUAAGCAUUGGAAAAUAUGUAAAUAAUCAUUUGAGUUCAUUUAGUUUAGGUGUCCUGAGAUCAGUCGGCUCAAGAUGUAUUUAGUUGAUUGAAGGUUUUGAGAAGGUCAGAGGAAUUACCUGUGACAAUAAAUCUAUGGAAGUUUAAUUUGUGCCAAAAAUCUGAUUUUGUAUAUUCGUCAAUGUUCACGGUUCCCACUUGUUAGGCUUUUGUUGAGUUUGCCGGGUUACUAUCACUGCUGAUGUGUCACUGUCCAUUUUAGAGUCGUCCCAUAAAUUCAUAUAACGGACAAAAACAAAACAUGGGCCAUGAGAAAAAGAAAAAAAAAACAAAGACAAAAAAAAUGACGAGGACAGAAUUAAAGAAAAUGACAUGACUAGUCGUCUAAUCAUUAUUAUGUAGUCAGAAAAACAGACGAGUAACUUAAAGCGACACAAAUCAUGAUGGACACGCUGCAGGGAUAAUAACAAUGACCAAGCAAAUACACGACAAUGGCUUUUUUGUUGCUACAACAUUAAGCAACGACAGUAGUUAAGCACACGUGUAAAAACAGACAUAUCUAACAUUUGUAUGUGAUCACAGCAUGUUUAAAAUGAUUGUCAAUGAGACUUUUUAGUAACAGCAAGGAGAUAUGUAAAUUCAACAGAAAGAUAUACAGUAACUUUUUGGCACAGAUUGACCCACAUGCUUCCAUAUUGACACAUUAAUAUCAGGGGGUUUAUAUGUUUACAACAGUUUAGCAAUGAUACAAGUUCAUAAUUUAUCCCCAUUUACUCUGCUGGAUGGCUGCUGCUGCUAGGUUUAAUAGU